GGUGGUUCAUCGACCACGUCAAAGAUGAAGCCAGCGUACUUGGGCGCUCUUUUUCUCAUUUACGCAUAUGCUGCGUGCGGAGAGGAGAUGGAAACGCAAGAACCACAAGAUGAUGUCAUCAGGUUAGGACUAUACUUCGUUUAUGACAAGGAGUUUUCGGAUCGAGCCCUCUUCAAAGUCAACGAUAGCUUCAACGCCUACUUCACUGCACUUACCAGAGCCGCCCAGGAGUUCUUCAAUGUACCUGGAGAUCUUAAAAUAUUUCUCACGCUUGUCGGAUCAUCCAAGCUUGAGGAGGAAGACAUAGUUAAAAAUACUACUAUAAACGGAAAUAAGUUAAAUGCAUCGGAGACUUUGGACAAACUACGCAAGAUAUUUACUUGGAAUAAUACCUUCGACGCCAGUGUAGACAUCGUAUUUCUUGCGACAGGGAAGGAGCUGUAUAUCAAAGAUUCGUGGAUGACCAGGGAGUGGUACGGACUGGCUUAUCCCCGAUCCAUAUGUGUCGGAAACGCUGCAGUGGGUAUUAUUCAUGACGAUGGUGCUACUUUCAACGGUGUACGGCGCACAGCACUUCAAGUAGCACUCCUCUUGGGAGCAAAAAAAGAUAAUGGCAAGUUGGGCGAAUGUCCUGAAAAUGAAGAACGGAAAUACCUGACAUCCUCCUCAACAGAUGGACGCAUAACGUACCUGUCGAAAUGCAGCAGAGCGUCAGUUCGAAACUUUUACUAUCGUGUGAAAGACAGUCCUCAUAUUUGCUGGAAGGACACACCAAAACCUGCUAUCGAGGAUAAUAUUGGUUUUCCCGUGGAAUUCUACAAGCGAUUCGACUGCGAUCAAUGUCAUGUUGCAGAAUACUUCAGAAAUAAGACUAAGCCUGGUGAAGCAAUAAACUGCUCGCUAUCCACAAUCAACCGGAACAUCGACCCCUGGCCAAAGACGACGAUGAGCAGCUGGCACUAUGCAGCAAGGAAACGAUAUCGAAGGUGGUACCAGAGGAACCCGACAACAGUUUCACCUUACAAGGACUGCAAACAGAAGUGUUGUCGGUUCAUGCGCCACGCUACCGACAACCGUACUGGCGGGUGGUAUGAUUGCUGGUAUACUCGUGCCGCUGACGGCACACCAUGUGACUCGCAACGGAUGAUUGCAUAUUUGAAAUCGCCACAUAAGUAAACCUAAACUCAGCAAGUUUCAUCAAUAUCGACCAAGAAGAAAAAUAAACGCAUUAUUUGUUGCAGAGUGUCUCAUUGAGUGCCACGAAGUGGUCACACUGACUCUUGCCAGGGGAGUCAUGUACACCACUGUCCUUAAGGACAACGGAGUCAAAGGAACGCUUCAGUGGGGGUCAGCGUUACCAUGGCAAAGGGGUCACCCUGACUACCUGGAGGUACUAGCGGGAA